AUGGCGCCUGCGCUCACCGUCGACACGCCCUCCUCCGCUCCCCUGGCGGAGUUUUUCUGGAUAGCCGGCGUAGACGGCUCCGAAAUACUGGAUAUCUACUCGAAGCUAGGAGAGGAAUACAAUGCGUCAAGGUCGCCGGCAAUACCAGUGACAGAUACAAUUGAGGAGGAUGCAGACGCGGAGGUGGAACAGGAGAACACCCAGUCAACUGGCAACUCGCCAGCCCUCUCGAACAGGAACUCGUACCAGUUCCCCAAGUCUGGCGAUGAAUCGCGCCUAUCCUUUCGAUCUUCGUCCUUUGAGCCGACUACAGAGCCCCAGAGCAACCGGAGCAGCUUGACGAUCAAAGGUACCGCCAGUUCAAAUGGUACCUCCUUCCUGAGUGACGCCGAUUUCGAUGACGCCCUUCGCAAAUUCGCCUCGGAGAGGGACUCGUUUUUGACAGACCUUAGCCUCAGUGCUGGAGCAGUCGUACCAAGCCGCCCGAAACCUCGACCGAGGACGCAGAAAAUCGUCGCGGAAGAUGUCAAUCCCUUGAAAUCUAGCAUUGGGAGCGUUCGCAGGCACAUGUCGUUUAGAGAUAUGAGCAGCAUGAAGAGACAGCCAUCGUUGGCAAGGCAAUUCAUCCCUGUACCGCAACCGCUGGAAAUGCCCACAAAUAUGCAUCCUCUCAAGCGAAAGUUUGAGCCGGUUCUACUCGACAGAUACCCGCCGAAGGGAGCUCCAGAUGAAAUUCAACGGAGAGGCAAAUUCCCCGACUAUAUCCCCAUGUUCGCCUUUCCCAACGAUAUAAAUAUUGUGUCUUCAGACGUACGGCCGCGGUCAACAUGGCACGGCUUCGCCAUGACUGGCGGUGACGGAUCUAAGCUGUACGGGGUGUGCGUGACAGUAUGGAUUCCACUAAACCACAAUGCCUCUGAUGAACUAGAAAAGAGAUGUGAGGAGUGGAGACGAGACAAUAUGACCAACGAGGAACGAGAGCUGGCUUCCAGUCUCGGCGAACGACUUGGUCUUGAACGAGCCAAACUGUCCAGACUACUCGCGCAGCUUCCUACUGUUCCAUCUGGAUCCGCAUCUCGAGAGAACCUAGAAGACGAGAUCAGUGCAGUAGAAGAGAAGAUUGGUUUAAUGGCCGAUCUUCUGCGCCCUGUUCGCCACGGUGCUGCCUCUAAGAUUGAUGGUUUGACAGACGGUGAUACCGGGUUCUGGAUUCCCCGAGCUUAUGGCAUCCUCGGAAAGGACUCGUCCAUGGUAACCUUCUGGAAGGAAUGGCUUAAAGCAGUCACUGUUCCGAUGAUGGAUGGCGCCAUUCUCAGGGUUCCUCCGACCUCUCCCAGAGUGGGCAGAUGGCAGCCAUUGGAGAGAUACGUGGUGAACUUGUGCAUGGAAGCAUUCAGCCCAAUCUCUUCCAAAACCCAGGUCGAGAUCUCUAUUCGAGAAUUACGACUUUUCGCCAGAAAAGAAGCCAUCAAUGAGCUGCCUGGAUCACGAAACACUGAUCUAUACCCUCUAUUUCGCGCUCUUUCGGUCUCGAAUAUCAUAAUUCUAUUUGAAUAUGCACUCGCUGAAUCGAGAAUAAUAUUCUUGUCAUCACAUAUCUCCAUGCUGAACCUUGCAAGUAAAGCACUGGUUGAACUCCUAUUUCCAUUCCAAUGGACAGGUGUUUUUAUCCCUAUUCUACCCUCUCGCCUCAUUCAAGCCAUUGAAGCGCCGUGCCCUUACAUCGUUGGCAUCGAGAGGCGAUAUGAAAACAUAGAAUUCCCCUCGGACGACUUUGUACUUGUUGACCUUGACCAAGAUCUCAUCGAAAGUACAUCACGCCCCACUCCUCUCCCUCGCCAUCAACGUCGAAAACUCCAAUCAUUAUUGCAAGCUGCUGCUCCCCUCCAUCAUCGGUAUGGAGUUAGUGCUGGGCCACCCGCAUACGCCAUGGAAACCUUCCCAUAUGACUGUGUGCCAGCAGAGAUCCCAUCGAUAUAUUCACCAAAAGCGCCAGCCACAAAUCUACCCAAAUACGUUGCGCUUAACUCCGCGUCAUUCGGCCAGCAAUCCUCGACUAACCCUGCUCCAAUCUACAAUACCUUCUUAUGUGCCAAAAACGAUAUCUCACUUUCAAGGGGCACCGAUCGCCCUUCUACUAGCUCGACGUCGAGAAACAGCAACCCAUCAUCUCCAAGAACCGCCUCACCAACUUCUAUAAAAUUCCCUCAACCAUCAACCCCAGUAUCGCGGAAUGAUUCUGGAUUUGCGUUGCAGGCAUCUCUUCGCGAAAAGCGGUCAGGCCACUUUGAUCAGGCAUCUCGCAGAAACGAGAAAUCUACGUGUGCCAUUUGUGAUGAAAGAGCAGAUGAGGCAACGUAUAAGUGUACCGGCUGCACAACAGUUGUACACCACCGCUGUGCUGGUCAGAUCUGCCUGGUGUGCCCUGUCGCAUUCCACCCAGACCAAAUCAGAGCAGCCUUUGUACGGUGUUUUGCAAGCUUGUUGUACACAUACAAGAAAUUUCUUCGACCGGCCAGUGGAGAUAAGAAAAAGAACGGUCUGACCUAUGACUUUCAAAUGGAUGCUUUCCUUAAGAGUCUACCCCAUGAGCAUGCAGAAUAUAUGACCGUUUUGCAGCAGACUCAAGGAUUUAACGAAUUCAUUGGUGAACGAGAACGCGCGAAGCAAAAAUCGAAGGAUCCACGAAUUACCCUGUUCGAUGAAAUUGUGCUUUCGAAACGUAACCGUGGACGUUCGUCAUUUUUCUCCGGCCGGAUGACAACGGACUUCCUGAGCGAUACCACGAAUCAUCUCUGGCGAUCAGCAAGCGCCUCCUCUUUUUCCCCGAAUACCCGGAAGGAGAUACCUACUUCACUGGAUUGGAAGGCUGUCGUAACUCGAGGUUAG